GCCAACUCAACCAAACCGCCCAAAACGGCCGUCCGGGUCACGGUCGCCAGCCUAGCCCACGCUGCCCACCCUCUCCUCCUCAGCCGCCGUCGUCAACCCACCUCACCCAACAACCCCACCCGCCGCUCGGCUCCCGGCUCCGUCCCUCCCAAGUAUCCCGUCCCCCGCGCCGCCCAGAUCCCGCUCGCCGGUGGUGGCCCCCCGCCUCUGGCGCCGGAGCACCGGGGGACCCCAACCCGAGCCCUAGCUAGGUCCUGAGGAGUCUCUCCCGCCGGGAGAUCCGGCGGCGGGGGCGAUGGGGGACUUCAACUUGGCCCUAGUGAUCGUGGCGGUGGUGGUGAGCGUCGUCGUGCUGCUCGUCAGCGUCUACCUGCUCGUCAACUACCAGCACCCCGACGACGCCAACCAGGCCUACUUCCCCAAGCUCGUCGUCGUGCUCGGCCUCACCGUCGCCAUCCUCUCCAUCCUCAUGCUCCCCGCGGAUGUCGCCAACCGGCAGGCGUGCCGCAGGGCCAUUUACAGCGGAGCCUGCAACCUCACGCUCCCGAUGAAGACGCUCUGGCUCGUCGUCUACAUCGCCGACGCGGUCCUCGUCUUCCUCGUCAUACCAUUCGCCAUGUUCUACUAUGAGGGCGACCAGGACAAGUCCGUGGGGAAGAGGCUCAGGACCGCCCUCAUGUGGGUCGUCGUGUCUGCGGUGGUUUGCGGCCUUGUCCUCGGCAUCCUAUACGGACUUGUUGGUAAAGUGGACUUCACAGUCAGGCAUCUAUCUUCAUCGGUUGAGACAUUUCCAAACUCAUUUUCUGGAUUCUCAAGCGGUCAGCCUUGCAUCAGUCCAUUGACUCGUCAGUGUGCGGCUUCUACUGCACCACCUUCCUCUCUAUCAACUUGGACAAUGCGUGCUACCUUCCCUGAAUAUGUGGUUGCUCUUGCUACUAUCGUUGGAUCUGUGCUUUUCACGAUAUUUGGUGGUGUUGGCAUUGCUUGCCUUCCAUUGGGACUUAUAUUCUCAUUUGUCCGGCGUCCAAAAGCUGUCAUUACACGGUCACAAUAUAUAAAGGAAGCAACUGAAUUGGGAAAGAAGGCCAAGGAGUUGAAGAAAGCGGCUGAAGCCCUUCACCAAGAAGAGAGAAGUGGGAAGAAGGGCAGGAAAUGGCGCAAAAACGUGAAAGCUGUGGAGAAGGAGUUGUUACUUCUGGAAGAUGACAUGAAGGCUCUAGAAGAGAUGUACCCUCAAGGAGAAAAGGCUGAGGCUACAUGGGCUUUCACAGUCCUUGGGUACAUUGGAAAACUUAUAUUCGGUGUUGUUGGGUUAAUUGUAUCAAUUGCUUGGGUUGCGCAUAUCGUCAUAUACUUGUUGAUUGAUCCUCCUCUAUCUUCUUUCCUGAAUGAAGUCUUCAUAAAAUUGGAUGGUGUUUGGGGUCUGCUUGGGACUGCUGCCUUUGCAUUCUUCUGCUUCUAUCUCCUUAUUGCAGUGAUUGCUGGGGAGAUGAUGCUUGGCUUGAAAUUAGUUUUCAUCACCAUUCACCCAAUGAAAUGGGGAGGCACUUUAAUGAACUCUUUCCUGUUUAAUGUUGGACUCAUUCUACUUUGCUCCAUCAGUGUGAUCCAGUUUUGUGCCACGGCUUUUGCCUACUACGCACAAGCAACUGCCGCUCAGGAGAUCUUUGGCCACACAUUGCAAUCUCUUCGUGGAAUUAAGUAUCUUUACAAGUACAAUGUUUUCCAGUAUGGUUUUGUUGCACUUGCCAUACUCACGCUCUUCUACUAUGCAAUAUUCGGAUGGCGAAAGAGGAAACCAACAGGAAGGUUCCAGCUCUCAAAUUAAUUUGUGGUUUGCUCUGUAAGUGAAGCCUGACGAAUUCAACAUCAUAUUCAACCCCCGAGUGAUAAUUUAGCGAUGUAUAUUCAAAUCUUGAAGAGCUGAGGAAUUGCAACCGGUGUAAAUUAGCAACUAUGAGACCUUGAAGGCAAGAAUGGGGAUUUGUUGGUUGCCACGGACACGGAUGUUAAAGUAGAAUCCAGUUGAUUUUGUAUUGUACACAUUUCUCAUUGCGGCUCUUUUUUUUUUCUGUCUGUAUUAUUAUUUUAUAAUCGGCUGAUGUUAUUCUUGGAGAUGAUGGGUCAUUUUGAGAGAUGUAUGGUGUGCUUGGGUGCCA